UUCAUUAAUUCACUGUCCUGCACCCAAUGGGACACCACUGAUCUCAACGAUAUCUGCUGCGACGAGAGCUUGCAAUUGACAUCAUCUGCGAUGGAGGAGGAGGAGGAGGCUUCCCUCCACGUGGUGGUGUUCCCAUGGCUGGCCAUGGGCCAUCUCGUCCCCUUCCUCCACCUCUCCAAGUGCUUGGCCUCCCGCGGCCACCGUAUUUCCUUCAUCUCCACCCCCAGAAACCUCGCCAGGCUCCCCAAAGUCCCCUCGAAACUUCUACCUCUGCUCCACCUUGUCAGCCUCACCCUCCCUCACGUCGACGGCUUACCAGACAAAGCCGAGUCUUCCAUGGACAUACGGCCCCAACAAGCCCAGCUCCUCAAGAUCGCCUUCGACUUGCUCAAACCACUGCUUGCCACUCUGCUCCAGACCCUGAGCCCCAAGCCCGAUUGGAUCGUCUACGAUUACGCUUCCCACUGGUUGCCGCCCAUCGCCGCCGAGCUCGGCAUCUCCCACGCCUUUUUCAGCCUCUUCACCGCCGCAACCAUGGCUUUUUUCGGACCGCCGUCUUCAUCAUCGUCGUUGUCGUCUACGAUGGUGAAUACCAGAACGACGCCCGAGGAUUUUACGGUUGUGCCAGCGUGGGUUCCCUUCAAAUCCGACGUCGUUUACCGCUUGCACGAGGUCAAGACUUUCGUGGAGGUGUCGUCGGGGAAAACGAAAAACUCCGGCGUUUCCGACAUCGAAAGAUUCGCCGUGUCCGUCGGCGAAAGUGACGUUGUUCUGUUUCGAUCUUGCGCCGAGUUUGAACCGGAAUGGUUUGAUCUGAUUCACGAGCUUUACCAGAAGAAACCCGUUGUUUCUGUGGGAUUUUUACCCCCGUCGGUGACCGGACAAGAGGAAAAGGACGACGAUGGUGACGAGAGAUGGAUCGAAAUAAAGGGGUGGUUGGACGAGAAGCGGGCCAACUCGGUGGUCUACGUUGCGCUUGGAAGCGAGGCGACGCUGAGUCGAGACGAACUAGGCCGGCUGGCUCUUGGGUUGGAGCAGUCCGAGCUGCCUUUCUUUUGGGCACUGAGGAAGCCGCCGGAGUCGGAUCAGGAGGCAGUGGAGAUGCUGCCGGAGGGGUUCUUGGAGCGGGUCACGGCGGAGAAUCGGGGGAGGGUUUACGUGGAGUGGGCGCCGCAAGUGAAGAUACUGGGUCACGCCGCGGUGGGGGGGUUCUUGACUCACUGCGGGUGGAACUCGGUGAUAGAGGGGCUGAGUUUCGGGCGAGUUCUGAUACUGUUUCCGGUAAUGAACGACCAGGGGCUGAAUGCGAGGCUGCUGGAAGGGAAGAAAUUAGGGUUGGAGAUACGGAGGGAGGGCGAAGACGGGUGGUUUAGCAGCGAGUUGGUGGCGGAGACGGUGAGGAAGGCGGUGGUGAGUGAGGCGGGUGAGUCUCUAAGGGUGAAGUCGGCCCGAGUCGGAGCUCCUCUGUUUGGGGACAAGGAGGUCAACCGCAGCCAUGUAGACAGGUUUGUGCGUUUCUUGGUGGAGUGGAGAGAAAGAGGAUAAAAACUCUUUUUUAAACAUUUUGUAAUCUCUUCCAAGUUACUUGACCCGCCAAGCUUUCGUCUUUAAUUUAUAAAAAGCUAGAAGAACUCUUGUUGCAACCACCUACCCAACAAGAUUUAAGGCUUC